UGAAAUUGAUCUGAGCAUAGCAUGUAUUUCUUUUUCUCUGUGUACAUACAUUGAAAUGGCAGCAGCCAGAAUUUUAGUGACUCUGAACCAGUUUAGCUGUUCAAUUUGUCUGGAUCUACUAAAGAAUCCUGUGACCAUUAACUGUGGACACAGUUACUGUAUGAGCUGUAUUACAGACUACUGGGAUCAGAAGAGAGUCUACAGCUGCCCUCAGUGCAGACAGACCUUCACUACAAGACCUGUUUUAGGUAAAAACACCAUGCUGACUGAAGUGGUGGAGAUACUAAAGAAGACUAAACUACAAGCUGCUCGUCCUGAACACUGUUAUGCUGAACCCGGAGAUGUGGAGUGUGACGUCUGUACUGAGAGGAAACACAAAGCUGUCAAGUCCUGUCUGGUGUGUCUGAACUCUUACUGUCAAAAUCAUCUUGAACAACAUGAGAAAUUCUUUAGAGGCAAAAAGCACAACCUGAUAGAUCCCACUGGACGACUUCAGGAGAUGAUCUGCCCUCAACAUGAUAAAAUGCUUGAUAUUUACUGUUGUACUGACAAGCGCUGCAUUUGUUAUCUGUGUAUGGUGGACAAGCACAAAAAUCACGAUACAAUAUCAACUAAAGAAGAGAGAACAAAGAAACAGAAACAAUUAAUGGAGACACAGAAAAAAUAUCAUCAGAGAAUCCAGGAGAGCCAGAAAAAGCUUCAGGAGCUGAGAGAUGCUGUGAAGACUCAUAAGCGCUCUGCAGAGACAGCAGUGGACAACACUGAGAGGAUCUUUACUCAACUGAUCAAAACCAUUGAGAGAAGACGAUCUGAGAUGACACAGCUGAUCAGAGAUCAGGAAAAGGCUGCAGUGAAUGAAGCUGAAGGACUCUUGAAGCGACUGGAGAAGGAGAUUGAUGAUCUGAGGAGGAGAGACGCUGAGCUGGAGCAGCUUUUACACACAGAUGAUCACAUCCAUUUCCUCCAGAGUUUCCAGUCUCUUUCUGUUCCUCCUGGAUCUUCAGACUCACUCAGCAUCACUUUCAGUUCUCUCCUCUCUUUUGAUAAUGUAGGAAAAUUUGUGUCUAAUCUAAAAGCAAAACUGGAGGAUUUCUGCAGAAAAAUUGGAAACAUAUCUGUUAGAGAAAUUAUUUCCGGCCAUGAACCCAAGACCAGAAAGGAGUUCCUCAAAUAUUCCCAGAAGCUGAAACUGAAUCCGAACACUGCAUACAAACGGCUCUGUCUGUCUGAGGGGAAACAAGGGGUUACUAACACUGACAAUGUCCAGCCGUAUCCUGAUCAUCCAGACAGAUUUGAGGUUAUACCUCAAGUGUUGUGUAGUGAGAGUGUGAGUGGAUGCUGUUACUGGGAGGUUGAAUGGAGUGGUCAGGUGGAAAUAUCAGUGUCAUAUAAGAGCAUCGGCAGGAAAGGGUGGGGUAAUAACUGUUGGUUUGGAUAUAAUGAUCAGUCCUGGAGUUUUUUCUGCUGUGACUCCAGUUGCUCCUUUUGGCACAAUAACAUUGAGACUAAUCUCCCAGUAGUGUCCAGAUCUUCUAGAAGAAUAGGAGUGUAUGUGAAUCACAGUGCAGGAUCUCUGUCCUUCUACAGCGUCUCUGACACAAUGACCCUCAUCCACAGAGUCCACACCACAUUUAAUCAACCUCUCUAUCCUGGUUUUGUGGUUUAUAAAUCAGUGACAUUGUGUGAUGUAACAAUAGUGUCACAGGUUUGAGCUCCAUGAUAAUUAAAAAAAAAUAUUAGGCCUUAGUUCUAUUUAGACAUUUAAGUAGUUUUUACAAACAUACCUUACAAAAAACAAUACUGGUAUGUGCAUCUUGAAACUAAAUAAUGCCACUGAUAUAUGUUAAGAUAUAUCAAGGGCCAAAAAUUACAAUUUAUUGAUCCCAGUUGACCGGGUUACAAACCUAGAUGCUUAAUUAUUAUGCUUUUUUUAAGAGUGUACUCUACACUGGCCCUUAAUAAUAUGUCAGGUCUUAUUAGCUUAAGAUUAAUCUGGGAUAGAAGAAUUUCCUUUGAGAUUAACAAAACAAGUUGCAUGUGUUUGUAUGUAAAUUAGAUAUGUAAAUGUGCUUGUAAAAUAUUUUUGUCUUUACUUUGCAAUUGGGUGUAGUUCUUUCGUGCCUUUCAAAAAUAACUCUCUUCACAUUCAUGGCUAAUGAUAGAUUUGUAUCACUCAUGUAACUGUAUAGAAAAUACCAAAACUCUUCUAAUAAUAUUGUCAA